CAUACACAGUAGAACGUCAUGAUAUCAUGUUAUAUCAUGCACUAUGCAGUAGAAUAUAGAGUCGGGCAUCAAUUGUAAUAUUAUUAAAUUACCUAAGGUUCAUUUCACACUUAACCGGCUUUACCGAAAUUGUCGGUAAAACCAUUGUCCAUCUACCGAGGGCUACGAACUUGAUCAAAUUAAAAUGGCAACAUUAGACUUGGAUGAAGAAUUACUCAAAGAUGAAGAGUUAGUUGCAAGCAUUCAAAAUUUGGACCAUUCAAUUGUAGAUAUUGAAACGUUACUAGAAUCACGAAUGGAUUUAGAUUACAACUCUCUGUCAGUGGAAGAUAAAAUUAAGCAUGAUCUACUUAUUGCAUUUGCAUUGAAUAGUUUGUAUUGGAUUUACCUGCGAUUGGAUGGUGUUGAUCCAACUUCUCAUAAUAUAAAAAGAGAAUUGGAUCGUGUAAAAUCAACUAUGGAUAUGGCUAAAGGUGCUAUGGCCAAAAAAAAUAUGCUAAGAGUUGAUAAAAAAGCUGCUGAAAGGUUUAUCGAUCAUGCUCUUUGGACACCAGAAGAUAAGAAACGUAGGUCUCAUAAUAUGGAAAACCCAAAUAAAAAAAUAAAAUUUGAUGAAAAUGGUGACCCAACAAAAUAAAAUUAUUUUAAAUAACUCUUUUAUUGUGAUGCUCUUUUUUGUAUUGUAAAUUUACAGUAAACUAAGUUGUUAAAUUGUGUCUUAAUGUUAUAUUUUUUUUUUGUGUGUGUUUUGGCACUUUUAACCUUGUUAAGGUUGAUAAAGGAGACAACUAUUAUAACAAAUGGAUAAAUGAAAUCACUAAAAUAUACACAAAUACACAAUGUAUUAAUCUAAUUAAA